CCCCCCACCAGCACUACUGGUUGUGAAUCAGCCUCUUCUGUGUUUGUAAUGGACUAUACUGGAAUCACUUUUUGAUACAUGCUGCUUCUGUGUGGAAACAAUGCACUCGUUUUGGCCCCGCACAGAACCUGUGAGGUUAGUAAUGGCUGAGUAAUGAGGUAAGAAUAGGCAGGCUGAUGUGACAGUAAUAUUAAGAGUAUUAAAGCCCAGUUGAGGCAGCCUCUGUAAUCAGAUGAAUGAGCUGGAGUUCGGAUCCACCCGAUCCAGGCUCAGAAGUCGAAAGCCAGGUGGCAGACGUGUCUAACCUUGAUCAAGAUUAUUCUGAACGUGGAUCAACCUGAGCCGCGAUACUGGGGUCAUUCUAUCCAUCCGCCGUCGGGGCGGGCAUGUCCGUCGGGCGGCGCGUGAAGGGGGCUGGUGAUCGGUUGUGCCCUGCAGUCAUGGGCCACAGCGACACUCCCCUCAGCUGAUCGAUUUGUGUUCCAGGUUGGCCCAAGCUCUCUGCCGGCGGGGCAGCAGCACGACGUGGGCAGAGGAAGCGAUGCGGACGCUGGGGGCGGGGGGGAACCUGGCUGAUCCAGGAAGGCAAAACGAGACUGGUGCCAUCAGAUCGCACCGGGGGCAGCCGGACUAACCCUGAGCUAACUGAGUCUGUGGGUCACAUGCUAAACUCUUCCGUUCUGAUCUCCUUUCUAAUACCCGUGAUAAAAGGAGGCUUUUGUAUCUCAAAUGCGCCCAGUAUUUUAGUUCCUGAAAUACAUAGUCUGGAUGUAUUGAUUCAUAUUGAUCAUUAGAAGUACCGCUAAUGCAGCGACUCGGGCGGGGUAUGCUUUCGGCAACCACCUGUUGGACGGCUAUAUAUGCUAUACAUUUCUCUAAGAAUAAAUCAUUUCGCAUUGCCAUUUUAUAAUCCCGUCUAAAAGUGCAUUGGAUGCUUUAACAUUAAGCGUUCUUGCUGUGAAAAUAGGCCAGGGACAUAGGUCUGUAACGAGGUAGCCUAUACAUCUCAUUAGGUUUAAAUAUAGUUCUAUGGGCAUACCUGAAGCGUGAUAUGUAACAGCAUUAGGGGUUAAUAUUUUUUUUUUUGCAGACCCGCUGAUGGGUAUAGUAAUGUUCUUGCAAUUACACAGUUCCUCGAGUCUGAAGAUGCUUCUGCUUAUUAGAGGUGCGAACGGCGCGCCGAAGCACCAAAAAAAAGGCGUAUUAUUAGCGAGUCGGGCUGCCCUGCGUUAAUUACCGGGCGCCAUCAGAAGCCUCGUUACGCGCAUCAUUUCAUGCCGUCUCAAACGACUGCAAAAGCCAGCGUAAUCCCCCCCCGUAAUAACACGGGACUGGCCAGGUAUCGAUUGCUCUUGUAGGUAAUGAUUGGACGUGAGUUGUAAUUUACUUUGUUGCAUUAGCGGACAUUACUACUGCUGAGCCGUACAGGUAGUGCACUUCCUCUGAAUGGGAGCAAGAGGAACCGCCUAUCUCAUCCAGACGAGCAGCACUUUGUGGCUUAUCAAAAGGAGACCUAGUUACCCUAAAUACAUCAGACGAAGAAUGUGACAAUAUAUGCGUUUCCUCUUCCACAUGAUCAAGGGUAAUCAAGUGGAAACUUCAGUAGGGCCACGAUAUUAUAUUUAGAAAAACUAUAAAAUGUGAAGUAAUCGCACGUUGUAUACUUGAAGAAAAUGGUGUGCAGAACAAUGGCUUUGUGUUUUAAACCCAUUUCAUCAUGCAGGGCCGUGUAGGAUAACCUGAGAGGCACGACCCCGCCCCCUUUUCGGUCUCACCCCUUUAUGUCAGGACGACCAAUCACAGUUUAACGAUCGGUUUAGGGAAUUACACCUGCUCCGGGACCACUGUCUCCUGGUUUAUGGGGACAGAUUGAGCCUCUACGCCUGGUUUUACCGACUGAGAUGAUGGCGUGCAAUGGGAAACAGAAAGGGAAAGCAGUAGGAGCGGCUACGAGGGAGGUCUGGAGUAAUAAGGCAGGAACAAUAUGAUGUCAUCUGACAGUUGUAGGUCAGCAGCAAGACCGCCGAAGCACCGCAAGGCGAGCGAGAAGAGGAGCGCCCGGAUCGCCGCGCCGCACCGCGUUCGUCCCCCCUCCGCCGGACUCCCGGAUGGCCUGUGCGGCAUUCACUGACGGCGAGGCCGGCGUGCGAUCGUCCCGGCUCGCAAAGCUGUCACCCCCCAGGCUCGCGCCAACGCGCCUCGGCGCAUCUCCCCGCGUGACAGCCUCGCGCGCCCGCGCCGCCAAAGUUUAUCUUGCGUUUAUUAAAUUCUCUGUUUCCAAGGAAACGCGACCCAGGUGAGGAGACUCUCGCUCGGAGCGGCGUCGGCUUCCCCUGCUCAGUCCGCCGUCGCUGGCGGUCUGCUCGGAUAUGAGCCGGUCGAGACCGCUGCCUUCAAACCGCAAAACCGACUACACAUGGGAGAGACGCUUUUCCUCCAACUUUGCCAAACUGUAGCGUCAUUUGUUAUAUUUGAGCGCAUUUGCUCCAUCCUUUUCCACGUCGUCGACUGUUUUGGGAAUACAUCCAUGCCUUCUUUCUAGAUCGGGCACGUUGUCUGUUCUUUUUUUGCAUUUUCUUUUUAUUUAUUUAUUUUUUUUCUUGCGUUUUAUUCAUUUAAUAUGAGCCGAGAGGCUGAGGUGGGUCCGGUUUGCAGGGGCACGGAGGGCGAACCACAGGGAGGCGCUGCAAUAAUCCACUCCGGCGCAGAGCGCGAUCCAAGCGAUUUGGAAGGACAUCUCGACACGGGGAUAAGCCAUGGGGAUGGGGAGGACGGCGAGCGUGUGGAUGUUAACCCUGAGGAAGGACACAGUGGAUGCCUCACCGACCCAGAUGGCGAAGCAUGCUGUCUGCCCAGCGAGGAGCUUUCGGGACAGAGUCCCGACAAGGCUGGGACGUUGCAAUCGGACUGCAGCAGCGAAACCUGCAUACCGACUCCCAGCUGUCGGAUUUGCUUCCAGGGAGCCGAGCAGGGGCAGCUGCUGAACCCGUGUCGAUGUGACGGGUCCGUCCGCCACACCCACCAGCAGUGCCUCCUGAAAUGGAUCAGCGAACGCGGCUCCUGGACCUGCGAGCUCUGCUGCUACCGGUUCCAUGUCGUCGCCAUCAAGAUGAAGAAGCCUUGGCAGUGGCAGGCUAUCACCAUCACCUUGGUGGAGAAGGUACAGAUCAUCGCCGUCUUCCUCGGCUCCCUCUUCCUGGUGUCCAGUGUCACCUGGUUGCUGUGGUCAGCCUUCAGCCCCAACGCCGUGUGGCAGCGCCGGGAUGUGCUCUUCCAGAUCUGCUACGGCAUGUACGGAUUCAUGGACCUCGUUUGCAUUGGCCUGAUUGUCCAUGAGGGGGCAGCGGUGCACAAGGUGUUCAAGCGUUGGCGGGCGGUGAACCUUCACUGGGACGUGCAGAACUACGAUAAGGAGGCGGACGUGGAGGAGAGCAGCGGCGGUGCCAGCGGCGGCGUGGACCCGGGUUCUGGCAGGACCCUCUGGCUCCCCCUGGCUGCCUUGCAGCCCGGCUCUGCUCUGCACCCCACCCAGCUGGUCGCCCGACCCUCCCGCUGUUCACGCGCCGUCCUGUGGCUCUGCGCGGGACUGGCAGGCCCGCAGGACUCCGAGGCGGACGCCGGCGAGGUGGUCAUCCGCGUGACGUCUGUGUAGCCCCAUCCGCAGGGACGGGCCGCUUCUUUUUCACUGUGAUGGGGGCCCUCCCUUCCCCGGGGCCCCAACCCCUGACCCCUCAGCGUAGAGGAAGUACGAUCCAGGCGAUGUCCAAUCAAAACAAUGGGUGCCCAGCAGCGAGGAGAAUGGGGUUUUAUGGUGAUGCUCUUUGGUCUUGAAGGCAAACGUACGGUAAAAGAUUUUGUCCGGGUUGAAACCCUUCCCAGCGGUGAUUGAAUGGGAAUUGAUGUAAGCAGCAGCUCGACUCGUGCCGGAGUUGGGUGGUCUGUGAUUGAGCGGCGUGUCGAUGAUGUACAGACCCCCCCUCCUGUCUGCCGGUGCAGUAGGUACCAGUAUCCUCCCCUGCGGUUUGCCAUGGAAACCAUUCCAGCCCCAUUCAGCCAUGGCUAAGUCAGCAGUACCUUUCAGCCCUUAUUUAUAACCCCCCCCCAGGAGACGGCAUGGGGGGGCGUCUCUUUUCUUCCCCUGAAGUUAGGAAAUAGCCUGAUAUGUCUGUUCUGUUCACAUACCGGCCAUUUAGGUGCCCAAGCUUCAGGGUUGCCGGCUGCAGCGUAUAACAGCCCUAAUUGGAUUCUUUGUGACGGGGGGGGGGGGGCUAAUUCUAUUCCCUCCGAAUCGCUGCUUCCUUGGAAAUGAGCGCCACGGGCUACACGCCCACACGCCGACCGGCUCGGGAAUCGAGGGGGUGGGUUUUAAUAGGUCCUACCCACGAGUCGGCAAGUGGUUAAUCAUUCAUCGAGAUUAAACGCGUCAUUCGGAGGCCGCAAACGCGGCGGCAGCGGCCAGGAUCCCACUCCUCUGUCCGGCGCUGAAAAGGCGCCGCGAUUUUAGUGUUAAUGAAGCGAGGCCCUUGGGGGCCGGAGGCCAGCGACUCGAGGGGAAACCGGAGACUGACGUCGCCAUGGCGCCUGUAACCGGGUGACGUCCUCCGCGUUGCCGGCGUGGCAUGUGGUCUCGCCCCCCGAAACCAUCGACGGUGGCUCCCCUGCGGCAGGUUCAGGUCCCCGCGACUCUGUGCAGGUACUGCUUACGGGUGAUCCUCUAGACAGGAAAAGGCCUGGAAGGGGCAGGUAUUGAGCUGAGACCCAAUGAAGCUCACUUCUUUUUUCGUAAUUCACAUUUUCGGCAAAGUCAUUUCCGUACAGUUUGAGCUUUGGUGGGGGUUAAUUUACACGUCCCUGGGGAGUGUGCCAUAAUUGAUGUCGGUAAUUAGUUGAGGUGGGGUGAUCGGAUUUAACAGAACAGGGACCGGCCAGCCAGAUCCCAACAUCACUCUGCUCCAGAUAUGGGAUGACAACGGCCAUUACAAAGAGUGAGUGACAGCUGGGGGUGACUCGUGCACCGUGUGCGUGCGGCUGG